AACUGGAUCCAAUGCACAAUCUGUGAAUCAUGGUUCCAUAACUCAUGUUUACAAUUAUCAUUAUCAGAUUCCAAAAAAAUUUCAUCAUUCCAUUGUCCCAAUUGUACAAAGCUCAAAGGACCCUCUAUCCUCAGAAGGGUUAGCUCUCGCCCAAGACACACCAUAGAUUACGUUGCCCUAAACGAUGGUGAUUUGGAAAGUGUUAUACUUGAUCGACAUCCACAUGUUGCGGAUUUUCUUCAAUGGGAGAAUCCAAAACAGGAGAUCAAUGAGAUUAAAGGUGUUGAACUACAGGGGAAAUUGACAAGGCCUACAAAGAUUAACUCGAGGGAUACGAAGGGGUUAGGAAUGGUUAUCCCUGAUGGUAUUACCGUGGAUGAUGUUGUGGAGAGUUUAGGGAUUGAUCAUCCUAUUGAAAUUAUGGAUGUCUUGACACAGAAUGGUAUAAAAGGUUCAUGGAGUUUAGGUUCAUGGAGAGAUUAUUUUAAGAGUAAUAAGACAGAAAGGGAAAGGAUUUUAAAUGUGCUAAGUUUGGAGAUUAGUAAAUCAGAAUUGGGUCAAUCUAUUAAAAGACCUAAAUAUGUUGAAGAUGUUGAUUUAGUGGAUAAAGUAUGGCCGCAAGAAUUGGGGAUGGAGAAACCAAUGGUGCAAAAAUAUUGUUUGAUGGGUGUUGAGAAGAGUUUUACAGAUUUCCAUUUAGAUUUUGCAGGUACUUCGGUUUAUUAUACUGUUUUAUCAGGUUUCAAGACAUUUAUAUUUUUCCCACCAACUGAAUUAAAUUUGAAGAAAUAUAAAACAUGGAUACGUUCACAAACUAAACAAUUUUUGGGGAAUCUAGGAUUAGAACACGGUUUGAAAAUUUCAUUAACAAAAGGUGAUGUUUUGAUUAUACCAUCUGGUUGGAUUCAUGCUGUUUAUACACCUGUUGAUACUCUAGUUAUUGGUGGGAAUUUCCUAACAAGUUUUAAUUUAAAAGAACAAUUCAAGAUUAUUGAUAUUGAAAUUGAAACAAAAGUUGAUAAGAAGUUUAAAUUUCCUCAAUUUGGUAAAUUAAUGUGGUUUACAAGU